AAACGAUAACAACCACAAGAAAACCCCAAAACCAAGAUGGCGGUGCAAGAGACAGCAUCUCAGCUGUCUAUGGCUCUCAAAGUCCAAGAAUAUCCCACCCUUAAGGUGCCAUAUGAGACUCUGAACAAGCGUUUCAGAGCAGCUCAGAAGAACAUUGACCGGGAGACAAGUCACGUCACCAUGGUAGUUGCAGAGCUGGAGAAGACGCUGAGCAGCUUCCCAGUGGUCGAUUCAGUGGUGUCGCUGCUGGACGGAGUGGUGGAGAAACUCAGCGCCCUCAAGAGGAAGGCUGCAGAGUCAAUUCAAGCAGAAGAUGAGAGCGCCAAGCUGUGUAAACGGCGCAUCGAGCACUUAAAGGAGCACAGUAGUGACCAGCUGGCUUCGGUCAACCUAUGGAAGAAGAAACGCAUGGACCGCAUGAUGGUGGAGCAUCUGCUGCGCUGUGGCUACUACAACACAGCUGUCAAGCUGGCCAGACAGAGUGGCAUUGAGGAUCUGGUGAACAUUGAGAUGUUCCUCACAGCGAAGGAGGUGGAGGAGUCUCUAGAGAGGCAGGAGACAGCCACUUGCUUGGCCUGGUGCCAUGACAAUAAGUCCCGCCUCCGCAAGAUGAAGAGUUGUCUGGAGUUUAGUCUGAGAAUCCAGGAGUUCAUUGAGCUCAUCAGACAAAACAAGCGCAUGGACGCAGUCCGACAUGCAAGGAAGCACUUCAGCCAAGCAGAAGGUGGACAGUUGGAUGAGGUUCGGCAGGUGAUGGGCAUGCUGGCCUUCCCAUCAGAUACGCACAUUUCCCCAUAUAAGGAUCUUUUAGAUCCAGCCCGCUGGAAGAUGCUCAUCCAGCAGUUCCGAUAUGACAACUACAGACUGCACCAGCUAGGAAACAACUCAGUCUUCACCAUCACCCUACAGGCUGGUCUCUCAGCCAUCAAGACACCCCAAUGCUACAAGGAGGAUGGUACCUCCAAAAACCCAGACUGCCCCGUGUGCAGUAAAUCUCUUAAUAAACUGGCUCAGCCGCUACCUAUGGCCCAUUGCGCCAAUUCCAGACUAGUCUGUAAGAUCUCUGGGGAGGUCAUGAAUGAAAACAACCCUCCCAUGAUGCUGCCUAAUGGAUAUGUCUACGGCUACAAUUCUCUUCUGUCCAUUCGUCAAGAUGACAAAGUAGUGUGUCCCAGAACCAAAGAAGUUUUUGACUUCUCUCAGGCGGAGAAGGUCUACAUCAUGUGAUCCCUCAGAGGGUCCUUCUUAGUGUUAACAAGAUCAAAUAUGGCCCGUCGUCCUUCCUCCUGUGACCAGGCCAACUUAGAGCCACCAGUGGAGCUGUGAUCCAGUGCCCCCCUACAAACCUGAAAAGCCCUCAACACCCCCACCCACCCACCCAUUCUGCUAGCUGAUCAAAUUCACCCUCCUUCCCAUGUUUAUCCCACAGAAACUGGGCUCUUCCUAUUUCAGACUCUGUUGUAGAUGUGGCUAGAAGUUGUUUGAUCAGAUCCAUUGAAGCACAUGGACUAUCAACAUUUUCAGUACGUUAAAGGCCUUCACUCUGAUAAGUAGUCUAGACAAAAGACCAAUGGGGUGAAAUACUGCUAGAUAGAUGUUUGAUUUUAUUACAAUAAAUAAAAAAUCUUGAGGUUACUUUGACUUUUCUUUUUACAAGUGGUUAUCUUUUGUUACUUAAAUACUGUGUCAGAAACAUGUUCUCACUGUAUUAACCAGACCAACACAUGGAGUUUGGGCCUUUUGCAAAACAAACAUGGCUGACUGGUCUCAUCUCAUUGUGUGUUGCAUGCUGUUGACAUCAUCUAUCCUUACAAUCUAUUUUUAGGAGGUUGUUGGAGAAUUGUUGUGACAUGGCUCUUUUAAACUGCAUAAUUUUCUUCAUUUUGUCCCCAUUUUAUGGAAAUGGGAGUCUGAUUUUGGCUGCAGUAGUGUCCUCUUCAAAUGUAAAUACUUAGAAUUGAUCAUUCUUAUGUGUAAAUUAGGAAGUUUUUGGGACAACUAAUGGUAACAAAAAAAAAAAAAAAGAAAUCCAAAAAAUGCUUUGUAUACUGGGCAGGUUUUUCUUGGGUUUUUAUAAACCUGCCAUAACUUGUAGUAUUCUCAGAUAAAUGGGUUAUUUGGUGCAAUUCAUAAUUUCUGGGAAAGCUCAGGUUUUACAAUUGGUGAUAUUGAUUACUGAGUAGUUUACAAUAUGAAAUUAACUCAAGUCUAAAAAUGACAACCAUCUUUAAUGUGUUUUUUUUUCCACCCAUAUCAAUAAACCAUCUAUAUUUGAGCACUACCUUACUUUCAUUUGAGUUAAUACUAUCAUUUCAAAGUGAGAUCCAGGGUCAUUUUUAAUAAAUUUUUCUGCAGUUUUCCAGUUUUAUUUAUUAGCUUGUGGCUCCAAUACUAUAGGGUUUAUGUAGCAUUUAAGUACAUAGUUUUUUUUUUAAUCAGCAUUACAUGUAGUUCUAUGCAGAAGCCUUUUAUUUGAGGCAAAGUUACUGGCCAACAGUGCCGGCUAAACUAUUUCGGGUCAUUUAGAGCAAGAAUUAGUCUCAUUCUUUGACGUGGACACACUUCAGUAUCAAAUGCAUAAUUCUUAUAUUUCACACACAUAAAGCAGCCCCUCAAAACUAAAAUGUAGAUUUAAUUGCAGUUUAACUAAAUCAGUUUGCAGUAAUUUCUUCCACCUGUUUUUAUCAAUAUAUCAAAAGCCUUUCAUUUGUGUCCAUCAAUCAUUUGGAAGUGUAUCUGUGAAGACAGAUGUGUGUUUGUGUUGGUAGAAUAGAAAUGGGGAUUGUUUGAUGAGCAAUAUGCCUCAUAAAGAUUUCAGUGAAACUUUGA